GAUUCUCGAGCGGGAUAUCUUAAACGAUUCGUAGAUCGAUUCUCCUUCAUUCUGCAUCAAAACCCAGAAACAAAAUAUUUUUUCGAUUUUUUGUAAAGUUUUCUAGGGGGUCCCCUUCCAAAAUAGGGAUGCCGCAGGGAAGGACAAAUCGGCCCACAAUGCAGGUCAUAUCUUGGCCAAUAUCCGAUUCUUAAGCGGAAUACCUUAAUCCGAUUGUGGGUCGUUUCCUCGACAAUCUGCAUCAAAACUUGGAAAAAAUAUUUCUUAAAAUUUUUAGACACAAAUGGCGAGUCGUUUCGAGGAUUGGGAGGAAUAAAUAUCCAUAUCUUGCACAAAAUCUUAUUUUUAAUCGCAAUACAUUAAACUGCUCAAAGUCCAAGAAUAAUUUUUCUCAUCAUUUUAAAAAUAGCAGUUUUUCAAAUUAAAUUCAAAGAAGCUAUCGAAGGUAUUACUAUCGAUAUAUCGUAUAUGGUUAGCCCAUCACUAUAAAAGCCGCAAGUUAACUAUUUUCUUCAUUUGCAUUUAUUAUUUAAAUAAUUAAAAUGCCGGCACCAGUGGAGAGCCCAGAAGCAAAAUCGCCUUCUUACGACUUGUCGAAAUUCCGCCUAAAGAGGAUACUUAGUAACAACAGCGUGCGGAAGAGUAUAUCUUUGCUGGGCUCUUUUCCGGAUCUCUCAGAAACAGACGAUGCAAUUGUUGUUUUUGAGAAGAAUGCAUAUCGGGAAAGUGAUGUGGCUACGCAACCAGCUGCAGAUGAGUCUCCCAAAAAGCCAAGCUAUUUUAGCUCGGAUUUGAAGGUGGCCACAGAGUUUGUGAACAAUAUUUAUGGAAGUUUCCAAGUUGUGCCGAGCAGAGAUCUUUGUGGCGUCAAGAGCACAGUAAUUUAUCCUGCCACAGAUAAGCACAUCGAGAAGUAUUCCAUAUGCCAGAAGUACCUCAUACGGGAGACUCCCGAGCUUUAUGAAAAGAUUACCCUGCCAUACCUCACAGAAAGCCAGUUUUCUUUAGAGUGGGUCUACAAUAUUCUUGAGCAUAAGCAGGAGAAGGAGCGAAUCGUGUUUGAGGACGACGAUGCAGAAACGGGAUUCAUCCUGCUGCCCGAUCUCAAGUGGGAUGGCCGUAAUGUUGAAAAUCUGUACCUGUUAGGCAUUAUUCGCAAGCACGAUAUUAAGUCUUUGAGGGAUCUCAACGGUAGCCACCUGAACCUGCUCAGAAACUUGCGUCAAUCAUCAAAGAAGGCAAUACGUGAGCGAUAUGGUGUGAAUCCCAACCAGCUACGGAUGUACUUCCAUUAUCAGCCUUCGUUCUACCACUUGCACGUCCACAUCAAUCCUGUGCGAAACGACGCGCCUGGAAUCUGGUGUGAGAAGUCACACAUGUUGGACACUGUGAUUAACAAUUUGGAGUUGCUUCCGGAUUAUUAUCAGCGAGCCACGCUACCUUUUGUCCUCUACGAGGGAAACAAGCUUUUAGACCUCUAUGAAAAGGAACUAUCAGUUCGAGGAGCUCCAGAAGAAAGCGAUAAAAAGGAGACAACUGAUGAACCACAUACUGAGCCAUCUAAAGAGGGUUUCAGUGACGAAGAAAGCGACGAGCGCCAGUGUAAGCGCCGCAAGUUGGCUACCCCAGAGCCAAAGGAGACCGAAGGUACUGCCCAGGCAUGUGCUUAAAUACCAUUUCUAUAAAUUAAGUUCAAAGUGUAUAUGAAAUUGAAAUCAAAAGGAACCUUACCCAUGAAGGGUACGCUAUUACUUAAAGAUGAAACUUAUGGGAGUUUUUAUCCUAAUCAUGUAUUCUAAAAAUAAUAUUCGAUUGCAAGUCAAAAUAAAUAAGAAUGUUUUGUAAAAUGUUCAA